UAGAUCCACCACAAAUACCGUACAUUGUUCCUAAGAUGAAUAGUCUUCCCAUUUUUUUCAUCUUCUUUCUUUUUUCCUCUCUUAGCCAAGCUAAUAUCAUUGAAGUCGAUUUCUGUGUUGCAAACCGUGCCCUCCCAAGGGGACCGAAAGGUUACCCUUGUAAAGAUCCUGCUAAAGUCACAACAGAUGACUUUGUUUUCACUGGAUUUCGUGGUGAAAGAACUUUCAACAAUAUAUACGGAAACAACAUAACUCUAGCUUUUGUUGAGGAGUUCCCCGCCUUAAAUGGUCUAGGCCUUUCCAUGGCUAGGUUAGACUUGGACGUGGGUGGAUUUGUCCCUGUCCAUUCUCAUCGAACAUCAGAGAUCAUCGUUGUUAUACAUGGAACAAUCAUUGCUGGGAUAGUUGACACAAAUAAUACGGCUUACUACAAAAGGUUAGAGGCCGGUGAUGUCAUGAUUUUUCCACAAUUCUUGCUUCACUUCCAGAUUAAUGUUGGUAAAACUCGAGCACUUGCAUUUGUUGCCUUGAAUGGCGCAAACCCGGGUGUACAAAUUACAUCGGAAGCCCUGUUCGGAGGCAAUUUACCAGCUAAAAUAGCUUCGGAAAUAACCCUAAUAAGCCCUGAGGAAGUGAGACGCUUGCAAAGGAUAUUUAGCAAAAAUGACUUAACUGCAACCUUUUAAUUAAUUACAGCACAAAAUCUUUGUUUAAUAAGCAUGGCAUCACCUAUGUCGAUUAAAUAUUAUUAGUACUGUAAUAAUAUGGUAUAAUACUGCGUACAAUAAAAGUGAUGCAUAUAUAAUGGCUUAAUGAGUAU